GCGGAAAACAGUUUUGCAUACCUUAUCAAUCGAACGUUUAUACUUGCAUUCAUUCGAAGUUAAACCAUUAAAUCUUUGGCUGCCAAUUGUAUUCGAAAUGAAGUGGAGGGUCUGCAUAAUUCUAUUUAUUCAUCUCUCCUGUAUCCAAGGAAAACCGCCUCACAUUAUCUUUUAUUUAGUCGAUGACCUUGGAUGGAACGACGUAAGUUAUCACGGAUCUUUACAAAUACCGACUCCGAAUAUUGACGUUUUGGCUGCUAAUUCAAUACUCUUAGAUAAUUAUUACGUUCAACCCCUGUGCACCCCAUCAAGAGCUGCGUUACUUACUGGAAAACAUCCAAUACAUUUAGGUCUGCAGCAUCUUGUUAUUCGCACUGCUGAGCCAAGUGGAUUACCAUUGGAUGUGAAAACUUUACCUCAAUAUUUGAAAAAAUUUGAUUAUCGAAGUCACGGCGUUGGAAAGUGGCAUUUAGGGUUUUACAAAAAAGAAUAUUUUCCAACAAGAAGAGGAUUCGAUUCUUUCUUUGGAUUUUGGCCAGCACUGAUAGAUUAUUACGACUAUACUACAGAUGAAACUUAUGAAAAUUCUACUUUAAAGUAUUUCUGCGGACAUUCCUUAAGAGAUAACGAAAGAGUCGCUAGAGAAUAUAAAGGAAUUUAUGCCACUCAUUUAUUCACAGAUCGAGCAAUCGAUAUUAUUAAAAAUCACGAAAAACAAAAGCCAUUAUUUCUAUAUCUAGCGCCGAAUGCUGUGCACACUGGAAACUCAUAUAAUCUAUUUCAAGCACCUCAAAAUGAAGUCUUCAAAUUUCUAUGUAUAAAGAACCAAGAAAGAAGAAAUUUUGCAGCAAUGGUUUCAGAAUUAGAUAAAUCAGUUGGACGAGUUUUUAAGGCCUUGCAAGAUAAUUCUAUGUUAGAUAAUACAAUUUUUGUGAUUUCUACGGAUAAUGGUGGAGAAGCUGCUGGUUUCAGAGGUGGAGUUGGUUCGAAUUGGCCUUUAAGAGGAAAUAAAGUAACUUUAUGGGAAGGAGGAGUGAGAGGAGUUGGACUUGUAUGGAGUAAACUGUUUAAGCAACAACCGAGGAUCGAAAGGAACUUAAUUCACAUCACGGAUUGGUUACCGACAUUUUAUCAUGCUGCAGGUGGUAAUGUUAGAGAUUUGACGGAUAUCUAUGGAAUAAAUCAAUGGGAGGUUUUAGUUCACGGCAAACCUACAUCUAGAGAAGAAAUUCUUCAUAAUAUAGAUCCAAUCGACGGUGCUUCAGCUCUUCGAUUCCGAAAUUACAAACUGGUAAAUGGAUCGAAUUUUAAUGGAGAAUACAAUGCGUGGUACGGACCUUCCGGUAGAGACGAUGAUUAUUUUUCUUCCUGCUACAAAAAGUUACUUCGCUCCUCGUAUUCUUGGAAAGUUCUUGAAGAGGAAGGAUUACUGUACAAUACUGACAAAUUUUUCACCAGAUUGCCAGAUAACUGUUAUUCUGACUCGAAAAGGAAUAAUAGUAAUUGUGAUCCUAAUUCAGCCCCAUGCUUAUUUGAUAUAAUACAAGAUCCUUGCGAACUAGAAAAUAUUGCAAAUGAGCAACCAAAGGUGCUGGAAUACAUGCUGAAGCGUUUGGAAAAAUGGAAAUCGAGCCAAAUUCCUACAAUUAAUCAAAAUAUCGAUCCGUUUGCUGAUCCUGCACUUCAUCGCUUUACUUGGGUAAAUUGGGCAGAUAAUAUCAGUUACAGUGAUUGUACCACUCAGAGAUAUGACCUGGAGGUGGAAAAGAUGAUGAAAGAAGAGAGGUACAGCUGGCAGAGACAACUACAGCAGAACCAAAAUAACGGAUUAUUCCGCCUGGUUAUACUUCUGUACAGUGCUUUAGCCACGUUGGGAACCACGGGGUUAGAUCACGGUUCUUCCAACGGGACAGUGGGCCCCAGGGUCGCCGAUAAAACGAAAAUCCAAAAGGGGGUCCGUAGGGCGGCUCAAGAACGGGAUAUGCCCUGGAGAGCGGCCCUGCUACCAAAGGGGACUGCAGGGCGGAACCGGAAUCCGUAUCUUAAUCCGGAUGUAAUCGACGAACUGCGGGUUCAGCGCAGGGCGCCAGAUCCACCCAACGAGCAGGCAGUUGUCCCGGGAAACCCUCCCCCGCUGAGCAAAGUGGCUCGGAUCCCGCUAAGUACCACCGUCGGUCAUGUGAGGAUGACGCCCUCGGGGAGACACCACCGUGAGGAUUGUCCCCCUUUAAAGGACGCGGUGUACCCGAAACUAAACUCGCACGGAGGUUGCCCUUAA